AUGGCAAUUAAAUCAGUAUAGCUCCAUAACACCAAGAAGAACGAGACAUUGAGCAGUUGCUACUGAAUCAUAAGCAUAUUUUAUUAUUACAACUUCAAUUUAAAAAGUCACAAUGGACUAUAUAAAGUGAGGACAAAGCAGUAUUAUUCAAAGCGAUAAAAAUGAGAUGAAACACAGAUUCAACCACUACACGUGGGUGAGACAGAUUCUGUGAAGACGAGUUGUGAUCGGGAGAAAUCUUCAUGAUGACAGAUGGAGAAGAAAGAGAAAAGUGAACGACACCGAUAAGAGAAGACGCCCCUGUGAGUAUUAGUGGUGGACUCCCUUAUAGUAUGUGAGAUCGCCAGUCGUCUGCUGGAAAAGGUGUGAGAGGCUGCAGAGUCGAGCCAAGUGCACCUUGUUUAUAUAGAAGAAAAAAUAAUAAUUUCUGCACAGAAAAGGUAUGAAGCAGCAAGAACACGGAGUUGAUGCUGAUUCAGAAUAAACCUUUUGUUACCGUAUUUUCGUUGUGAAAGAACAAAAUGUGCAACCUAAACCAUGCCUCCCUCUGCACUAAUAUGAAAAGACUAGGCCUUCAGAGGAUAUCAAGAUUUCUUAUGUACUCAGCCCUUUAUGUUCAGUGCUUAUUAGCAGUAGAGAUGACUGUCGACCCACCUUCUAAUAUACAAAUUGAGGACCUUGGCACUUUGGGAAUUUUAGAAAUAACAUGGCAGCCUCCAGCAUCUAUGAGUAACAUGAGUGAGUGCUCUGCAUGGUAUGAAUUAACCCAUCAAGUUGUCAAUGAAGAAAGAUGGAAGUCAGUUAGGAUAAAGCGUCAGACAUACAAAGAAGCCUUUGAUCUUGGGAAGGACAUUGUCAUAAAAAUAAGAACAUAUCUGGAAGGCCCUUGUACAGAAGAAAGGGAAGUAUGGAGUGAAUGGGUGGAAAUUAACUACCCAACGCAUUUGCAAGGAACUCCUGAGACAAAAGUUAAAGACUUUAAGUGCAUCAAUGAUAAAUUUGAAACCCUGAUAUGUGAAUGGAGUGCAGGAGAACUUGGCAGCAAUAGCAACUAUGAGCUGCAAUACUGGCAAGAAGGAAUGUCUGAGAAGAGGGUCUGUGCACACUACAUGACAGAGAAUGAAAUAAACACAGGAUGUCAUUUUGGAAGUGAGGAAUUUGAGCUUUUCUCAGACCUGUUCAUAUGCGUCACUGAAAUGCCAGGCAUGGACCCAAUAAGACCAUCGUACUUUAUUUUUCAGUUGCAGAAUAUAGGUAAACCUGGUGUCGCAGAAAAUCUCACACUGACCAUGGACAUAUCUGGUGACUUUGACCUGAACUGGAAUGAACCCAAGGGUAAAAUACCUGCACAUUGUUUGGAGUAUGAGAUCCAGUCUAAAAACCAAAUGAAUAUGUGGGAGACUGUGGCCAAGCAAAGCGAAAGCAGAUACAUUUUUAAGAGAUCAGAGACGUCGAACACCUGUAUACGAGUCCGAGGGAAAACAAACAUUUAUUGUGCAGACGAUGGCUAUUGGAGCGAAUGGAGCCCAGAGUUGUGUUGGGAAGAACCAUCUUAUAAUCUUGGACUCAAGUGGUUGUACUGUGCAGUAGCUGUGGUUAUAAUUCUGACAGGAUUAUGUGUUGCUGCAUCAAUGUACACAGUAAGAAUGAAAAGACAAUGGUCAAAGAAAUUACAGUACAAGGCGAAAGAGCUAGUGUAUGACAUUGAUCCCGGACAUAACUCUAGAUGCUGAUUAUAGAAACCUGUAUGGCUGUUACAGAACCUGUAUAAUGUACACUUGUUCAAGAACAUGUUAAAGUAUCGUGAGAGAGAGCUGACAGACCACAACAACCUGAUGCAAGAUUAUGUCAUCGUCUGCCUUGCUUUUUUGCCAUUUCCUUUAAUUUUUCAAAAACUGCACUGAAAUAAAAUGUGAACUGAUUUCUACAAACAUUGAUGUCACAUCUUAAAGAGAGAAUGGCAUCCAUGGAACAUUCAGUACUGCUCCCAUCUAACAGUUGGUUCAUGUCAACAACUUUAUUUUUUAAACCGAAAUUGGUAAUAUAUACAAUAUGUGUAUUAACGUCUAAGUAAAAUAUUUUUUUUAAUAAAAUUUUUAAAUAAGUUGAAUUUUUUAAUAAAAAAUAAUAUUAUAACCCAACUUGCAACAUGUUA